CAAUGCAUCCCUUCACUCCAAUCACUCAACAUAAAUCAAAUUUUGCAUUACCCCAUUUCUUUAUUUGUACUAAAUAAAAUCUUUUUUUCUGCUUUUAAAAAUAAAGAAAACUGUCCACAUCUCUGUAUGUGCGAGUUUUUGGCCUAUGUUUUGGCUUUUUCUGUUGUGUUUGUAUCUUUGUGGUAUAAUAUUACUACUAAGAAUGAAUAAUAAUAGAGGGAGAUAGUGAUGAAUGAUGAUGUUCUUCAAUGGAUAUGGUAGAAGAGAGCUUCAUUAAAGGAGAAAAAGCUUAAUUAGCUCAAAACAUAAUAUUACUAACAAUAUUAUUCCCACAUGGAAUUUGUUGGGAUCAGUUCCCAACCAUAGAAUUAACAUUAUCAGAUCUCAAGAUUACCAUAUUUUCCAGUUUACUCUCUUUUCUUUCUCAAGAAAAUUCCUUUUUAUUCCCAUUUGGCUCAAAGACAGCAUAAUUGUGUAAAGAUAGCAACUUUAGCAUCUUGGUAUUUGGCUUUUUUCAAGAAUUAUAGGAUUUGUGGUUGCUAUGGAGUGAAAAAGGAAUAUAUCUUUCUUUUGGGACUUUAAAAGGUUCUUAUUCUGAGAGUGACCCUUUUGUGAGUUUUAUGUAAAGAAUGUAUCUUUGUUCUCUUAAUGUGUUUUGUUAGGCAAAUAGUAAUCCCUUUUCUUAGAAGGUAAAAUUGUACAAGGCAGUAGUGGUAGAGAAAUGGAGAGAAAAUGGUGUAUGUUGUGGCAUGUGGGGCUUCUUGUUUUAGCAUUGAUGGAGAGUUCUUUGGCUUCUCUUUCUCCUACUGGUAUCAACUAUGAAGUUGUUGCGUUGACGGAAAUUAAGAAGGCAUUACGUGAUCCUUAUAAUGUUCUGGAGAAUUGGGAUGUGACUUCUGUUGAUCCUUGCAGUUGGAGAAUGGUCACUUGUUCGUCUGAUGGCUAUGUUUCUGCUAUUGGACUACCUAGUCAAAGUUUAUCAGGUACCUUAUCACCUGGAAUUGGCAACCUCACUAAAUUGCAAUCUGUAUUGCUGCAAAACAAUGCUAUUUAUGGUCCUAUUCCUGAUGUGGUUGGUAAUUUAGAAAAGCUUCAAACACUUGAUCUGUCCAACAACAAAUUUGAUGGAGGAAUACCCUAUUCUUUCGGAGACCUGAAGAAUUUGAAUUAUUUGCGAUUAAACAACAAUAGCCUCACAGGAUCCAUUCCUCAAUCUCUCUCUAACAUUGGAGGCCUUGCUCUUGUGGAUGUUUCUUUUAAUAAUCUUAGUGGUCCAUUGCCCAAAAUAUCAGCAAGAGCUUUCAAAGUUGUUGGAAAUCCUUUGAUUUGUGGCCAAAAUUCUGGGAACAAUUGUUCAGCAGUCUAUCCAGAACCACUGUCAUUCCCGCCAGAUAGUUUAGGAGAUCAAAGAGCAGGAAGUAAAAGCCAUCAUGUGGCUGUUGCUUUUGGAGCAAGUUUUGGUGCUGCUUUCUUGGUUAUAAUAGUUAUAGCACUCGUUCUUUGGUGGCGCUACCGGCAUAAUAAGCAGAUCUUCUUUGAUGUCAAUGAGCAAUAUGAUCCAGAGGUAUGCUUGGGUCACUUGAAAAGGUAUGCCUUUAAGGAACUGCGGACUGCAACUGAUCAUUUCAACUCAAAAAAUAUUUUGGGGAGCGGAGGAUUUGGAGUUGUGUACAAGGGCCGUUUAAAUAAUGGAACUAUUGUGGCUGUCAAAAGAUUGAAGGACUACAAUGCUGUUGGUGGUGAAAUCCAAUUUCAGACAGAAGUCGAGUUGAUUAGUUUGGCUGUCCAUCGAAAUCUUCUCCGUCUUUGGGGUUUUUGUUCAACUGAAAGUGAACGGCUUCUUGUUUACCCCUAUAUGCCAAAUGGAAGUGUAGCUGCACGAUUAAAAGAUCACAUCCAUGGAAGCCCAGUUUUGGACUGGUCAAGGCGGAAAGGAAUAGCAUUAGGUACAGCAAGAGGGCUAGUAUAUUUGCAUGAGCAGUGUGACCCCAAAAUUAUCCAUCGUGAUGUCAAAGCAGCCAACAUUCUGUUGGAUGAGGAAUUUGAAGCAGUUGUUGGAGAUUUUGGGUUGGCGAAGCUCUUGGAUCACCGUGAUUCUCAUGUAACGACUGCUGUUAGGGGCACAGUUGGCCACAUUGCUCCAGAAUAUUUGUCAACCGGUCAAUCGUCUGAGAAGACUGAUGUGUUCGGGUUUGGAAUCUUGCUUCUUGAACUAAUUACAGGUCAGAAGGCUGUAGACUUUGGACGAGGGGCCAAUCAGAAAGGUGUUAUGCUUGAUUGGGUAAAGAAGCUUCAUGUAGAGAAAAAGCUGAGCCUUAUGGUGGACAAAGAUUUAAGGAACAACUUUGAUCGGAUUGAACUUGAAGAGAUGGUUCAAGUUGCCCUUCUCUGUACCCAAUUCAAUCCAACUUAUCGCCCAAAGAUGUCCGAAGUAUUAAGGAUGUUGGAGGGCGAUGGAUUAGCUGAAAAAUGGGAGGCUUCACAACAAAAAGUCGAGACUCCAAGGUAUAGAACCUCUGAAAAUACACCGAAAAGAUAUUCUGAUUAUAUAGAAGAAUCGUCACUAGUAGUUGAAGCAAUGGAGCUUUCAGGACCUAGAUGACAUCUGGUCAUCGUUCUUCUCUUACACGUUCUAUCCUUAGCUUCCUUGAGUAUCUGAUGUUGAAAAUGAGGAAUAUGUGGUCGUUGAUAGGUGUUGAAUGCAUGUAUUGAUCUGUAAAAAGAGCACAAAGGUCAUGUAUAAUUCGGUUCUUUUAAUCAACAGUUGAGUCUCAUAGUUCCUCUCCCUCGCAAUUUUGAGAAAAUGUGUCAUUUCCAUGUGUAACUAAGAUCCCAUUAGGUCUUUUUUUACUAUAAAGAUCUUGAAAUUUCCCGAGGGUGGAGGCUUAAGUCUAGCCACCCUCAUGUACAGUGGUCUGAUUGAACAUUUGUUAAAUCUAUUAGUAGUGUACAUAUGCUAUUCAUUAGUCA